AGUUGGCCUAUAAAAGCGCACAACAACACUCGAGUUGGACUCAAGUGAAAUCUUCGGAAGGUCGAUAAUGCUACAAUUAAAGAUAUUUGCGCUCUUCUGCGGCCUUUUUGCAGUGAUUGCAUUUCAGGACGGAGUGGCCCAGGCCGACGAAUCGGAACCGGUCGAAGAGUGUCCGGACGAUGAGGGCGACCGCGAUGGCAACGAUACGCUCUGUGACAAUUUCCAGGCGCUGCGUGAGACCAUUGAUAAGAAUACACUGAUGGAUCUCAUCCAGUCGCAUUAUCAAUGCGAUAGCAAGUUUCGCAAGGCAAUGUGCUAUUAUAACACGACACAUUUCCAAAUCGUUGCCCAGCAGUUGCAGCAGAGUGAUGGCUACCAUUUGAUGCUGGAGGAGCUGCGCUCCGGUGGUGUGGACACCAGUGAUAUUGAGAACAUUGUCGAUAUUAUUUCCUGUGUGACUGUACCGCCACCGUUGCCCGACAAGAACUGCGACUGCAAGCAACUGAAGGGUCACACUUUUAUGGGUGAUCUUCUGGCUGCCAUGCCCCAUCAGGCGGUGCACGAAUACACCGCCAAGUCUCGCUCGAGGAAAAGCAAUUUUGCCCUCUUUGUUGACAUAGUCAACUCGCCCGAAUUCCAGUCGCAUAUGCGCACCAAUAUGAUGAAACGCGAUGUGGUGCGUCCGAUGCGUGUCCUGCGUCGCAAUGGCUGGGAUCUGCCACAGCUGCUUCGUGGCGUUAUGACCAUUCUCAGCUGGUGACAGCACGGACAGUCACUAAACAAUUUCUCUGUAUGAUAACUUCCAUGUACAUGUAGAACCAAUAUAGAAAAACUAUUGCUGGAUCUGUUGACUUGA